AUGCAGCUGGUGAAAAUGAAAACGUUUUGGGAGAAUAAUGCCAGUGUGAUCCUCUUCCUGCGCCGGUUUGGAUGACCCAUCCUUCGCUCGCUGGUGAAGAGUAUGGAUAGCAUUGCUCCUCAUCUCAGCAAGCAUGAUGUUCGAUUUGUUGCCAUUGGGUUGGAGGACCUGGGGUCUGCUGAAUUCCAUAAGGGCAACUUUUUCAGUGGAGAGCUUUAUAUAGACCCUACAAAGAAGACAUUUUCUGAUCUCCAGUUCAAGGACGUUGGCCUUAUUCAAAUGCUUCCCUCUUUGUUCGACAAAAAGGCCAGGGAUGCCAUAAACAAGUCUCGUGAGCAAAAAAUUGGUGGAGAUAUGAAGGGAGACAAAAAUCAUUAUGGAGGAGUGCUUGUGGUCGACAAGGGGGGCAAGCUUGUGUUCCUUUACCGUCAGCAGCACUUUGCUGAAUUCCCAACUCCGGAAGAAAUUCUCCAGUCACUUGGCAUCUCAUAAUUGUUACCUUGUGAUCCAUGUUAUCUUCCUACUAAUCACUUAUGCAAGAUAAUUAUGCCAUUAUCAAGGUGCUUCUUGUUAUGAUUUUCCAGUCUUGCAAUUGAGAAGUAUGUGAUUGUCUUUUGCAUGAUUUCAUUACAAUAGUGGAAUUUAUUUGUUGUGUUUUUUUGUGGCAUGCAGUGUGUGGACACUUGCUUUUUCUGUAUCUUGCAAGUAUCAGUAGAAAUUAGAGAUCGACUGAUGUAUCAGUUGCCAUUAUAAAUCAGCUGAUAUGCCCAUAUCAGUGAGUAUUCCCUUAGGCUCUUCCAAACCUUAUUUUUGCUGAUAUCUAAAGUAUCUUUGCAGUAAAAAGAAAUAUGACUAGGACUCUUUUCCAUGCCCAUAUGGAAACCAUGAGGCAUGUGAUAUAGCCAAUAUGGCAUUAUCCAAGAGGUGAGGAAUAGCAGGUCUUUUGCUCUGCUUGUGUUCUGGUCUUGCACAUGGACACAGACCUUUGCUCUAAGGCUUAGGUUUGGCCUAUGCUUUGCAGCCUAACUUCAUUGUGAGUUCAUCAAGGAGAAUUUGAAGUGAAAUCAAGCUGUCCUGUUGAAUCUUCAAUUUGGUUUUGUUCAUGCUGGAAUGUUGGCCAAUAUUGGAAUUGGUAAAAUUGGUAAAAUCUAAUAUCAGUCGAUCUCUUGUAGAAAUAGGCACUUUUUCUAUCCAUUCAUUAACUGCAGCAAAAACAAUCAUGUUGGAGAGAUGAAUUCCUCCACUUCCACAAAAUGGAAGCUUUACAUUUUCUGGUCUUGCCACAUGCAUGACAACUGGUUAGGUUAAGUUAAUCUGUGAUGAUUUGCCUUCAUGUGCUCAGGGUGUCCAUAUAAUGGCAUCACUGCAGUUUGAGAUGUAUGUAGUUUGAGAUUUUUUUAAAGAUUAUUGCUGAUAUUCAUUAGACUAUCUGAUUUGUUUCAGUGUAAUUGAAUGCUUCCUAUCAAGAUGAUGUGAACUGGAGCAGCGAAAAAUGACACUGGGAGAUGAAAACUAUAGUUAUCUCUUGGUUGAUGAUGAGUCUGUCUGCUCAGUCAUAUCGAGGAAGUUUAACAUAUAUAAUGCAGUCCUUAUUUUCUUGCAAUAAACCC